AUGACGCGGACGGCCGUCUCCGUGAAUACGAGCGCUGGAUUGAACACUCCGUCAAUGCUGCACGCAACUAGGCCAUUGAAAGCGCCAACGAACCGCCCAUUGCCGCGGCAAAGGGACCAUGCAGCCGUCCCCACCGUUCUUGUUCCUGCUGCCGAUGCUUCUGCGUCCCCGCCUACCGCGGUGGUCCCCCGUCGCAAAGAUUUGGAGGAGCGAUUGCAGUAUCUACUGCUCGUGGAGGACCGUCUCACCCCUGCCAUUGUGGAGGACGACGUGCGCCAAGUGAUAGCAGAGCUUCGCCGACGACGAGGCGAGCGAAAGGCCGUCGUGCCCCCAGUCCGGCGCGCAUCCGGCGCGGCAGGCGGGGUUCGGCCGCACGUGCUGGCAUUAGUGCAGGCGUGCGAGGCGAGUAGUGACGCCGCCGCGGUCGAGGGGCUGCGCGCCUUCCACCGCAGUCAUUAUGUGCACCAAGGCAACGAGGUGGGUCGUUCGCUGGUGUUUACGGCGCUGGCGGAGCUGCUACUGAUGCGGCGGGAGCGCAGCAGCGACGAUGUGCAGGAGGCGCUAUCGAUGCUGGAUGUCGCCGUGGGUGACCGCCACGUGGGGGCGAUGCUGCAAGUCGGCAUCUGCCUACGCGAUGGGCUCGGCGUGCCGCGCGACUUGGUGGCAGCGAUCACGUGGAUAGAGCGCGCUGCUGACGCCGGAUACGCCCCCGCGAUGUUUGAGCUCGCCGUUAUGUACGACGAUGGCGUCGAGGACAGCAGCCGCUGCCUCGAGUCCGACUGGGGCGAGGCGAUGAAGUGGUACCGCUGCGCCGCGGAGCUGGGGCACACGAUGGCCCAGCUUAACCUCGGAAAGUUGCUGUGGCGUGCCGCAACUGCAGCCAGCGACGGUGGUGGCGGUGACAGUGCUAUUAUUACGGGACUACAGAAGCGAGCACGUGAGUUUCUAGAGAGGGCGGCAUCCGCAGGGAAUGAAGAGGCGGUGCGGCUCCUACGCUACAGGUGA